CGAAACCAAACAAUCCUUUGUAUGUCACUCUCUCCGCCGCUGUUCACCACGGCUCCUCUCAGCCCUAACUGGGCGUCGACCCCAACAUCGAGCAUACGAAAUCUCUACUCUCGCUGGCUGCUUGAUCUUUUCAUUCUGACAACUCACGGCAAUCUUUCGCCUUCACAUUUCUUCCAGUCUCCUACACCGAUCUCUCCAAAACCCCAGGCAAAAACUUUCAACCUCCUGCCAGAAUGAGCUACGCAGCCUUCAAGAUGAUGCACUGGGCCACCGGCAUCGAGAACUGCGCUUCCGGAUUUAUCACCCACUCCCCAGCGGAAUUAGCUGCUCAAAUAUCGCCAAUCCAGGCCGUCGAUCUCGAGUCAGAGUGGCCAGCCAAGAAGCGGAUCGGACCCAUACCUAAUGUCGUUGUGACCGCCGCCAACGUCCUCGAGCUCUACACUGUUCGGGUUCAUGAAGAAGAUGGCAGGUCCUCACAACUUUCCAGCGAGCCCCGGAAUGGAGGCGUUAUGGAUGGCCUCUCUGGUGCUCACCUUGAACUUGUUUGCCAUUACAGAUUGCAUGGAAACAUUGAAUCCAUGGUGAUAUUAUCUUCCGGUGGAGAUGAACGUAGCAAAAGGAGAGAUUCAAUACUGCUGUCAUUCCAAGAUGCGAAGAUAACUGUGUUAGAAUAUGAUGAUGCAGCCCAUGAAUUGCGCACAAGUUCAAUGCACUGUUUUGAGGGGCCAGAUUGGCAUUACUUGAAAAGAGGCAGAGAGUCGUUUUCAAGGGGUCCGACCAUGAAGAUUGAUCCUGUGGGCCGGUGUGUUGGAGCACUGGUGUACGAUCUUCAGAUGGUUAUUAUGAAAGCUGCUCAGGCAGGGCAAGGAUUAGCUGUAGAUGAUGAGCCUUCUAAUAUGGGUGCAAGUGCUUCUGUUCGUAUUGAGUCUUCUUACAUUAUAAACUUACGUGAUUUAGACAUGAUGCAUGUGAAAGAUUUCACAUUUAUUCAUGGGUACAUAGAACCUGUCAUGGUUAUACUUCAGGAAAAGGAACCAACAUGGGCUGGGCGUAUCACAUGGAAGCAUCACACGUGUAUGAUAUCAGCAUUAAGUAUUAGCACAACAUUGAAGCAGCAUCCACUAAUUUGGUCUGCUGCUAAUCUUCCGCAUGAUGCUUACAAGCUCCUUCCAGUUCCUUCUCCCAUUGGUGGUGUGCUAGUGAUCUGUGCUAAUAGCAUUCACUAUCAUAGUCAGUCUGUAUCUUGCUCACUCGGUCUUAAUAGUUUCUGUGCUCAGCUGGAAAACAGCUUGGACAUGCCAAAAUCAAAUUUCACUGUGGAGCUUGAUGCUGCAAAUGCCACAUGGCUGUCACAUGAUGUUGCUAUGUUUUCAUCCAAAACAGGAGAACUACUACUGCUAACGUUGGUAAAUGAUGGGAGAGUUGUGCAAAGGCUUGAUCUUAUGAAAUCUAAAGCUUCAGUGCUGACUUCGGGUAUUACAACGGUUGGGUGUUCAUUUUUUUUCUUGGGUAGCCGUUUGGGAGACAGUCUUCUUGUACAAUAUAGUAGUGGAACUUCGUUAUCAGCAUCUGUACAUGCUAAAGAAGAGGCUGCCGAUGUUGACAGUGAUGCCCCGCUUGCAAAAAAAUUAAGAAGGAUGUCUUCAGAUUCUCUGCAAGAUUAUACUAGCGGCGAGGAGCUUUCUUUGUUCUCUACAACUUCAAAUAGCUCAGAAUCAACACAGAAAUCUUUCACAUUUGCAGUUAGGGAUUCCUUGAUUAAUGUAGGUCCAUUAAAGGACUUUGCUUAUGGUUUGAGGAUAAAUGCUGAUUUGAAUGCAACUGGAAUUAGUAAACAGAGCAACUAUGAAUUGGUAUGUGCUUCUGGUCAUGGAAAAAAUGGGGCUAUUUGUGUAAUGCAACAUUCGGUUCGACCUGACUUGAUAACUGAGGUUGAGUUGCCAGGAUGUAAAGGAAUUUGGACAGUGUAUCAUAAGAGCUCCCGAGGUCAUGCUGUUGACGCUCUUAAACCAUCAAAAGAAGAUGAUGAAUUUCAUGCAUAUUUGAUUAUAAGUCUGGAGAGUCGCACCAUGGUUCUUGAGACAGCUGAUGAUUUAGGAGAGGUUACAGAAAGGGUCGACUAUUAUGUUCAGGGGACUACAAUAGCCGCAGGCAACUUAUUUGGAAGGCGUCGAGUUGUUCAAAUUUUUGCAAGAGGUGCUCGCAUUCUCGAUGGUUCUUACAUGACCCAGGAGUUGCCCUUUGGUGUGCAUAAUUCCGAUCAUAAUUCCAGUCCAGACUCUUGUACAGUUUCUUCUGCGUCAAUUGCAGAUCCAUAUGUAUUGCUCAAGAUGGUUGAUGGGAGUAUUCAGCUACUUAUUGGAGAUCUUUCGACUUGCACUGUAUCUAUCUAUGUACCAUCGAUACUAGCUAACUCAACUGAUUCAGUCUCUGCAUGCACACUUUAUAUUGACAAAGGACCAGAUUCAUGGCUUCGCAGAGCAAGUACUGAUGCAUGGCUUUCCAGUGGAAUUGCUGAGACAAUUGAUGGGAAUGAUGGAUCAUAUCAUGAACAGGGGGACAUAUAUUGUUUACUUUGUUAUGAAAGUGGCACCCUUGAUAUAUAUGACGUGCCUAAUUUCAAAUGUGUUUUUUCUUGUGAUAAGUUUGUUUCUGGUAAGUCACAUCUUGUUGACAGAUCUGUUAGAGAACCUUUCAAACCGUACCAGAAAAUCAAGAGUAAAACUAAUAAGGAGUCUACCGACUUAGGAAGGAAGGAAACUACUGAAAAAAUGAAGGUUGUUGAAUUGGUCAUGCAAAGGUGGUCUGGUCCAUACUGCCGACCAUUUCUUUUUGCUGUUUUAAAUGAUGGGACGAUGCUUUGCUAUCAGGCGUACUUAUAUGAGGGUCUUGAUAGUUAUUCUAAAAAUGAGGAAGUCGUGUCACCAAAUAAUUCUGUUGAUCCAAGUAGCAUAAGCGCAUCAAGGUUUAGGAAUUUGAGAUUUAUCCGCGUGCCAACAGACUUCACCGCACGAGAGGAACCAUCAAACAUGGUUAUACAACCUAAAAUCACAGUUUUUAAGAAUAUAGCUGGUUAUCAAGGUUUAUUUCUGUCUGGGUCCAGGCCAGCUUGGUUUAUGGUUUGCAGGGAGCGCCUUAGGGUUCACCCCCAGCUUUGUGAUGGCUCUAUUGCUGCCUUUACUGUUCUUCACAAUGUCAAUUGCAAUCAUGGGUUUAUAUAUGUCACGUUUCAGGGCUUCCUAAAGAUUUGCCAGUUGCCAUCUGCAUUCAACUAUGAUAACUAUUGGGCAGUUCGCAAGAUUCCGUUGAGGGGCACACCUCAUCAGCUCACCUACUGCGCUGAGAAAAAUCUCUAUUCAAUCAUAUUAUCUUUUCCCGUAGCUCGCCCAAUAAACCAAGUAUUGUCAUCCAUGUUAGAUCAAGAUAUUGGUCAAAUGGAACGUGAAAAUACAAGUUCAGAUGUCCUCCAAAAAACUUACACUCUUGAUGAUUUUGAAGUUCGCCUUUUAGAACCAGAGAAAUCUGGUGGGAAUUGGGAUACAAGAGCUACUAUUCCAAUGCAACCUUGUGAAAAUGCGCUCACUGUGCGGAUGGUAACCUUAUUUAAUUCAGCAACAAAGGAAAAUGAAGCUAUUAUGGCUAUUGGAACAGCUUAUGUACAAGGGGAAGACGUUGCUUCUCGAGGGCGCAUUCUUCUAUUAUCUAUUGGCAAGAAUGGUGAAAACUCUCAAAAUUUGGUAACAGAAGUUUACUCAAAAGAGUUGAAGGGAGCUAUCUCUGCUGUAGCAUCUCUUCAAGGUCACUUGCUAAUAGCAUCUGGCCCCAAAAUCACUUUGCACAAGUGGACUGGCUCUGAACUGACUGGUGUUGCUUUCUACGACACUCCUCUCUACGUUGUGAGCUUGAACAUUGUUAAGAACUUUAUCCUGUUGGGUGACAUUCAUAAGAGCAUAUACUUCCUCAACUGGAAAGAGCAAGGUGCUCAGCUGAGCCUUUUGGCAAAGGAUUUUGGCUCUCUUGAUUGUUAUGCAACAGAAUUUCUGAUAGAUGGAAGUACUCUGAGCCUUGUAGUUUCAGAUGAUCAAAAGAAUAUCCAGAUCUUCUAUUAUGCGCCAAAAAUGGUGGAGAGUUGGAAAGGGCAGAAGCUUCUAUCUAGAGCAGAAUUUCAUGCUGGAGCCCACGUGACAAAGUUCUUGAGAUUGCAGAUGUUGCCUACUUCUGAUCGCAUGAGUGCAACUCUUGGAUCUGACAAAACUAACCGAUUUGCUCUCCUGUUUAGCACACUUGAUGGGAGUAUUGGCUGUGUUGCCCCACUUGAUGAGCUUACCUUCCGCAGACUUCAGACCCUUCAAAGGAAAUUGGUAGAUUCUGUUCCUCAUGUAUGUGGUCUGAACCCCAGAUCAUUCAGACAGUUCCGAUCAAAUGGGAAGGCACAUCACCCAGGUCCUGAUAAUAUAGUGGAUUGUGAGCUGCUAUCACAGUACGAAAUGUUACCACUGGAGAAUCAGUUGGAAAUUGCUAAUCAAAUUGGAACCACGCGUGCUCAAAUACUUUCCAACUUGACCGAUUACUCCCUCAGUACAAGCUUCCUAUAAAUAUCUGGAUAUGGCUAUACGAGAGAACCAAUGGACCAAGCUGAGGUGGUUGCUUCACCGGCUUAGUUGUCCCUUCUACUUCGAAAACAUUUUUGUUCCGGCAGAGAAGAAUUUACUACCAAGUUUCUGAGGAGGUUUGCGCUGUUUAAUCUUUGUAUGUGAUUAUGUGCUUUGUAAGCAAAAAUGUAUUAAAUUAUUUUAAGUGGGAAGACCAAUUUCUUAAAUCCUUUUUAAGGCUUCUAGGUAUAUGCCAUUUUUAUUUAAAUUGUUUAAUUAUUCUUCUUUUUUAUCUACGAUAUUAUAUUUCAAGCAGUGGACGUUUCAAAACA